GUGCUGAUCUACAUGUUGCAGUUCUAUGACGCGUGAUGACGUAGAGGUCUAAACAGGAAGCGUGGCCUGCACGCUUCAUUCUUUCCCCACAUGAUCACACGGUCCAGCUGCUGGCGUCAAUAACAGGCGACUUAAAUGCCGGACGAGCCGCCAUGAUGGCAGCAGGCAGGCUGAGCUUCAGGAACAUCACCGCCCUGGCUCCCAUGGUCCGGGUGGGGACUCUGCCCAUGAGGCUGCUGGCUCUGGACUAUGGAGCUGAUGUGGUUUACUGUGAGGAGCUGAUCGACAUCAAAAUGGCUCAGUGUCAGCGGGUGGUGAACGAUGUGCUGGAGACGGUGGAUUUUGUGGCUCCAGAUGAUCGAGUGAUGUUCAGGACCUGUGAGAGGGAGAAGGACCGAGUCAUCUUCCAGAUGGGAACUGCUGAUCCAGACCGAGCGCUGGUCGUGGCCCGGCUCGUGGAGAAGGACGUGGCUGCCAUCGAUGUGAAUAUGGGCUGUCCUAAAGAAUACUCCACCAAGGGCGGGAUGGGAGCGGCUCUUCUGUCAGAUCCAGACAAGAUCGAGGCGAUCCUCAAGAAGCUGGUCGCAGGAGUUUCCAUCCCGGUCACGUGUAAAAUCAGAAUCCUUCCUUCGGUGGAGGAGACGGUCACUCUUGUCAAGAGGAUCGAGAAGACGGGUGUCACUGCCAUCGCUGUUCACGGCAGGUUGAAGGAGGAACGUCCCAGACAUCCGCUCCACUGCGAUUACAUUCAGGCCGUCGCUCAGGCUGUUUCCAUCCCCGUCAUCGCCAACGGAGGCUCUCUGGAUCUGGUGAAGACGAACGCCGACAUCGAGGAGUUCAGGAAGGCGACGGGCGCCUCGUCCGUCAUGUUGGCCCGUGCCGCCAUGUGGAACGCAUCAGUGUUCAGCAGCCAGGGGCCACUUCCUGUGGAGAGAGUCAUGGAGGAGUACAUCAAAUAUGCGAUCCAGUACGACAACAAUGCCUUCAACACAAAGUACUGCCUGUGUCAGAUGCUGAGGGACAAGGUGGAGUCUCCGCUGGGGAAGCAGCUGCAGGCGGCUCAGACCUCCGCUGAGAUCUGCAAGGCGUACGGGAUGCAGGAGCUGUUCCAGCAGACCCAGGAGCGGCUGCAGGCCCGGAGGGACACCCUGCAGAGCAGCACCGAGCCGGACCGGCCUGUAGAGGACGGAGACGUCACCACCAUGGCUGUCAAGUUUGAGCGGAGGGAGUAUCCGCCUCACAUCACUCCAAAGAUGUUCCUGCUGGAGUGGAGCCGGAAGGAGAAACUGGAGCAGCCGGUUUAUGAGACGGUGCAGCGCUCUCAGGAUCGAGUCUUCCAGUCCAUUGUGACUGUAGCACAGAAGAGAUACAGAUCUUCACUGUGGGAGAGGUCGAAGAAGUUUGCAGAACAAGCGGCCGCCAUCGUCUGUCUGCGAGUCCUGGGCGUCCCGGAGGGUCGAAUCGGAGAGGAAGACUCCGGCCUGGUCUGCAAGAGGAAGAGGGAAGGGAAGAUGAACGGCACCACGGAGGAGGAGGGGAACAUUAAACGCCACAUCACUGCUAUUCAACAGGAAACGGACAACUCGGAGGCCGCCGCCGUGGUCACUGGUGACCAUCACAAACCGGACACGCCUCCAGAACAACCGUAGAGAUCAUCAGCUGACAGGAACUUAACGAGAGGACGAGACGUGUCUCUCACUGAUGGACGUCUGCGUGAACUGAAACAAAUCGAAGGAGUUUUAAAAAGCAGUUUAUUUUUGUUUCUCUGCACCAAAAACCUGCUCUGUUAAUUUUCCUGUCUUACAUGAACUCUGACGUCAGUGAUUUCUUCUCAGCUGCUCCACUUGUUUUUUUUUAAAAAACAUUUUCAAUGUCUAUUUUUUACCGUUGUCACUUCAGUCUAAACAGUUUUCACAUGUCCUGACCCGGAUACGCUCCGUUUAAACAGUCUUCCACUGCAUCAGACAGGAAAGAGUCUUUGUUUGCCCUCCUGAUUUUCCAUAAAGAUAUUUUUAUUUGAAAUAAAUCUGUGUUCUGAUGUGAAGGCUGAUGGUGUGACAGUGCAGCCAGCAGGGGGCAGAGCUGGACCUUCAUAUUAAAGUUUCAUCACCUGAGACAAUUCAGAAAAAAACACUUUAAUUUGAACCCUGGUGCCUUAAAAAAAAUCUCUCUUUAAACCUGAGUUUGAACAUUAAAUGCAUCUUUUGUUUCCUGAUUUCAUCCUGUAGUCUCUGUUGAUGACGGCUGAUGUUGGAUUGAAUGAGUUUAACUAUAUUUGCUGCCAUCAAUAAUAUGACAUGUGGUGCCAUAUGUGUUUGUAUUCACCUCUGAGGUUUAAUUUAUUUACUUUUACUUAAAGUUUUCACCUGAAAGAUCCUCUAAGUCCUCCAGAUACAGUUUGUUUCAUUAAACAUAUUAAAGCAACA